UCAUGGGGAUGCUCAGCCUGCCCGGCUUCCUGUCCUGCGGGAAGAAGAAGGACUUCAGCUUGACAAAUGAGAAAGAUGCCCACUCCAGCGACAGCGAUGAGAACACAGAGCGUGGAAACUGGUCCAGCAAAGGCGAUUACCUGCUGUCCAUGGUGGGCUAUGCCGUGGGCCUGGGCAACGUCUGGCGCUUUCCCUACCUCACCUACCAGAACGGAGGAGGUGCUUUUCUAAUCCCAUAUACCCUGAUGUUGGCAUUAGCUGGCUUACCCUUAUUUUUCAUGGAAUGUUCCCUUGGGCAGUUUGCCAGUCUAGGGCCAGUUUCUGUCUGGAGAAUACUACCAUUGUUUCAAGGAGUGGGCAUCACAAUGGUCAUCAUCUCAGCAUUUGUGACAAUCUACUACAACGUUAUCAUUGCUUAUGCGCUCUACUACUUAUUUGCCUCAUUUCAAAAAGUGCUGCCAUGGUCAGAUUGCUUUUCCUGGGCUGAUGAAUUCUGCAGCAAGACACGAAUAAUAAGUGACUGCAACGCAACCUUGGGUGGGGAAAUCGUUCAUGCAAACCACUCAGUCAUCGCAAGCUACAAUCUCACAUGUCUAAAUGGCACCAUAAACUACAAACCAGUGCAAUUUCCCAGUGAACAAUACUGGAACAAAGUGGCUCUGCAGCGCUCGAGUGGGCUGGACGAGACCGGCACGAUCGUCUGGUACCUGGCUCUCUGCCUCCUCCUGUCCUGGAUAAUUGUUGCAGCUGCCCUGUUUAAAGGAAUAAAAUCUUCUGGGAAGGUUGUCUACUUCACUGCACUCUUCCCAUACGUCAUCCUGCUCAUCCUGUUGGUGCGAGGUGCCACCCUGGAAGGUGCUUUGGAUGGCAUUGAAUACUACAUUGGGAGCCAGUCCAACAUCACUAAGCUGAUGGAGGCAGAGGUUUGGAAAGAUGCAGCCACUCAGAUAUUUUACUCCCUGUCCGUGGCAUGGGGUGGGCUUGUUGCUUUGUCUUCAUACAACAAGUUCCACAACAACUGCUACUCAGAUGCCAUUCUAGUUUGUGUGACCAACUGUGUGACCAGUGUGUUUGCUGGGUUUGCAAUAUUCUCCAUCCUGGGACACAUGGCAUUUGUGUCCAAGAGACCUGUCUCAGAGGUCGUGGACUCAGGGUUUGACCUGGCCUUUGUAGCCUACCCAGAGGCUCUCUCCAAGUUACCAGUUUCUCCUCUGUGGUCCUUUUUGUUUUUCUUCAUGCUUCUGCUUUUGGGUCUUGAUUCCCAGUUUGCCAGCAUAGAAACACUUACAACCACCAUUCAAGAUAUAAGCCCCAGAGUGAUGAAAAAAUUAAGAGUGCCUGUGACCCUGGGUCUGUGUGCAGUGCUCUUUCUUCUUGGGCUUGUCUGUGUUACUCAGGCAGGAAUUUACUGGGUGAACCUAAUAGAUCACUUCUGUGCUGGAUGGGGAAUCCUUAUUUCAGCUGUCCUGGAGAUAAUCGGCAUCGUCUACAUUUACGGAGGAAACAGGUUCAUUGAAGACAUUGAAAUGAUGAUUGGAAAGAAGAGCUGUAUGUUCUGGAUGUGGUGGAGACUGUGCUGGUUUUUCAUCACUCCUGUGCUGUUAAUGGCUAUUUUGGUCUGGUCUUUGAUCACAUUUUCACGUCCCACUUAUGGCUCAGUGUCAUACCCAAACUGGGGAACUGCUGUUGGCUGGUGCAUGAUCAUCUUCUGUGUCAUCUGGAUUCCUGUUGUUGCUAUUGUAAAAAUACUUAAAGCUGAAGGAAAUCUUGUUCAGCGCAUUGUCAGCUGCUGCCGGCCUGCAGCAAACUGGGGCCCCUACCUGGAAUGUCACCGAGGAGAACGAUACAGCCACGUUGUGGAUUCCAAGAAGCAAAGGGAGCACGAGAUUCCCACUGUGUCUGCUGCUGUGUACAAGGAGCAAUGUAUAUGA